AUGGCGACGGCGGCAGCCCAGACGUCCAAACCCCUUCCCUACACGGCCAACCCUCUUCUCCUCAUGUUCAACGACCUGGUCCUCUUCGUGCAAAUCACCUUCACGUGGCCGAUAACAGCUGGUCUCAUGAGCAUCGUGCUACCUCUACUCUCAACGAAGUCGGGACCCCUCGAUGAGCUGGCUCUCACGGGGCCAAAUCUGUGGGCUCUCUUUCAGCACUUGAUUCUUAUCAUCGUGCAGAUCUUGUUCCUCCUAUCACUGAUCCCGUUGGCGCUGUUUGGACUUCCCGUGUUCUAUGUUCUCUAUAUUACUGGGUGUGUUGUGGGAAAUCAGUGGAUUUCGGGACUGCUGAACGGUCCAAGGCGGGAGGAACUAUUCCAAUCCCAUCCCGACUGCGUGGCGGGAGACUGGCCAAAGCAUGAGGGUGAGAAAUGGGUCUUUAUUAACGGUGUUGCGGUGGGGAGUCACUGGCUGCAAUCGAAUCUCGACCUCCUCGCUAUGACCUUUCGUCGUCCCGUAUUCGGCAUACAUAACCAGACCCGCGGCAUCAUCUUCGACGUCCUCGAGUGCAUCAUCCAGCGCGAUCUGAGCUUCGCGACAACAGACAUCCGCACAGCAUACGCCGCAAUACUGGAAAUUCUCCAGGACGACAAAAUCCACAAGGUGGUGUUAAUCCUGCACAGCCAGGGCGGCAUCGAGGGUGGGUUGGUGUUGGACUGGCUCUACGACACCGUCGCCGCGGAUCAGCUUCGCAAGCUGGAGAUCUAUACCUUUGGCAACGCGGCGAAUCAUUGGAAUGCGCCCGUCAUCUCGUCGGGGACGUCAAGGUCAACCACAAAUACCUCGGGUGUGGGAGGCGGCACCCCCACCGAAGCGGGAGACAGCACGACGAGCCAAACACGAAGAAUCGUCCAGCACAUUGAGCAUUACGCCAACGAAGGCGACUAUGUCUCCAAGUUUGGCAUCCUACACUUCCGGCCCGAUCAGGCGAGGCCGAUGGCGAACGCAGAUGUACCACAACCGCUACCGUCACCAGCACUACCCGCGUCCAGGAAUUCCACCACGACCGUGAAGCCGAAGACCAAGGCGUCAACUUCCCCUUCACCACCACGGGCUUCAAAGCUCCAGACCGACACCGAGUCUGAUUCUGUCCCGCGCGCCCACACCUGGUCAACGUCGCCUCAGACGCCCAUCGAAAGGAACGACCUACAGCACCGCGCGCAGGACAACAACAGGUUUUUUGGGAAAUUGUUCAAGCGCGCCAGUUCAGGACACAUGCUCAACCAGCAUUACCUGGGCAAUCUCUUUGAGAUGGAAGGUCUGGACUACCCGCGAGAUCGGUCACGGGGGCGAGUCAAGAGCGGGAACGCAUUCAUGGACCAAGUGGUCGAUAUGGCCGUGUUCGAGGGGUCGGAUACCGUGCAGGCGGCGCGGGAGGGACGACCGAGCGACGGAAACGGGGAAGGGCUUGGACUUGGAGCAGAAGAUGGCUUAAGCGGAAUUCAGAUCAAACAGCUGAGUCGACUUUGGGGGUAUUGUAAUGGGGGGAGUCCGGGGGAUUGA